AUGAUGGACAACCCCAGAUUUAAACUGGGCGCCCGCGAUACGCUGCGUAUCCUAUGGCCAUAUGUAAAACGCAAUUUCAUGAAUCAGGUAGAAGGUAUCUGGUUCAUUGUCGCGUAUCUGAUUAUUUUUCAGCUGCUGAUUCUGCAGUUACCCAUCGUUUAUGCCGCCAUGAUUGCGAUCGGCAUAUUUGUUGUGGCUGUCGGCCUCAUGUUUUUCAUGGAAGGCCUGCGCCUGGGCCUUAUGCCGCUGGGAGAAGAGAUUGGUUCGAUUCUGCCCAAAAACAGCCGCAUGCCUGUGAUUCUUCUUUUUGCCUUUCUGCUUGGUGUUGGCGCCACCUUUGCCGAACCCGCCAUCGCGGUGCUCAAAGCAGCGGGUGCAGGUGUAAAACCAGACCAGGCACCUUUGUUAUACAGCUUGUUAAACGACUUCUCCGGUCAGCUUGUCGGCUCAGUUGGCGUUGGCGUGGGCUUAGCCGUGAUGAUUGGUGUCUUACGCUUCUUUUUUGCCUGGCCGCUCAAAUAUCUGGCAAUACCUGUUGUCGGCCUGUUACUGGCGCUGUCGUUCUAUUUUUCUCGCGUGCCUGUGUUAGCUGACGUGCUGGGUUUAGCCUGGGACUGCGGCGCUGUUACCACCGGACCGGUUACUGUUCCUCUGGUACUGGCCCUGGGCAUAGGUGUCUGUCGUGUUGUCAGCAGCGGCAAUGGCAGUGGUGGACAUUCCGGUUUUGGAAUCGUCACAUUGGCUUCUUUGUUUCCCAUUCUUGCCGUGCUGUGCCUGUCGCUGCUCCACUAUGCCCAACAAGACUACUGGGGAGCAGCCAACUACACAGGCUCCACAGAAAUUGAAACAGCUGCUCAGAACAACAACAGCACACCUACCUUGGAAAAAAGUCUUGAGCCCAUCGAUUCAGAUGAAUACGCCGAAUACCUGCGCAGCGGCAAGUUACCUCAAGGAUAUGUGCUUGAAUUUCAUGGCGGUUCAGCAGAACUGGAUAACGGCGUUAUAACCGUUGAGAGACCUGAUCUGACCAUCAAGAAAUUGUAUCAGCGCGACUUCGAAGUCCUCAGCGAUCAGACCUGGGACGAACAAAGCAAUUUUUCAGACAAACUCAGCGCCGCGGGAAUGGAUGCACUGCGCGCCAUCAUCCCUCUGUGUCUGUUCCUGUAUAUCGUGCUGCGGCUGGUAUUACGCCAGCGGCUGGCGCCGCGCAACGACGUCGGUAUCGGAGUUCUGUUUGCUUUUGCCGGCAUGACCUUGUUUGGCCUGGGUAUUGCUCUGGGUUUAACACCACUGGGUGGUCAACUGGGCAGCAACGUGCCUGUUGCGUUUGCAGAGAUAUUACCCUGGGGACUCGACCACGUUGAAGGCCCAUUAUUCAGCGAUCACUGGGGCAAAUUUGUUGCCAUCGGUUUCGCCUUUUUCCUCGGCUAUGGUGCAACGUUGGCCGAACCUGCACUGAAUGCACUGGGUGAUACGGUUGAACGAAUUACGGUCGGCGCCUUCCGCAAAAAACUGCUCAUGCAGAGUGUUGCCGUUGGGGUCGGUUUCGGGAUCGCGGCCGGCAUAUUUAAAAUGGCCUAUAACCUUCCCCUUAUAUGGAUGCUGAUUCCACCUUAUCUGUUAGUUCUGGUUUUGACCUGGAUAUCGCCUCAUAGCUUUGUCAACUUCAGCUGGGACAGUGCAGGUGUAACCACCGGCCCCAUAACUGUACCGUUAGUUCUGGCAAUGGGGCUCGGCGUGGGUGCCAACGUACCUGGCGUUGCCGAUGGGUUCGGCAUUCUGGCACUGGCAUCCGUGGGGCCGAUCCUGACAGUUUUAACGGUGGGCAACCUGAUGUUCGCAAAUGGCGACAAAUUCUCGAUUGUUACAGCCAUCCUGCCUAACGCAAAUACAAACAGCGUUUUGCCGGUGGUACUUGAAGACCCGGGCACCAGCGCACUGGUCUGGAAAGCACGCGGCACGUUGUUACAGGAUCACUGGUGGAAGCGUUGGCUGCCACCCAUCAGCCCGGCAAAAACCAUGCUGCAGAUGCUUGUACCCGAUGCGGACGUGGCGCGACUUGUGAGCACCAUUGUUGAAACCGGGCGCCUCCACCAGCAGGCCACUGGCGCAGUAUUCAGUACGCCUUGUGAUUCUGUAUACCUGGGCUCCGAAUUCCACGUCUGGCCUGGUCGUGAAGGUGCAGGGGUAACAAGCAGUCAACACAGCCUUACCGAAGACCUCAGCAUCAUCCUGGCCAUAGUGGGGCACAAUAAUGCUGAUCGCGUGUCCAAAGCAGCUAUCAAUUCAGGGACACAUGGCCCGGUUGUUUACUACUGUGAGGGACGCGGCCUGCGUGACCGACUGGGUUGGCUGCGCAUUACCAAAGAACACGAAAAAGAGGUGAUGAUGGUGAUCACCGAAGAAAGCGAUGCCGACGGUGUCUUCGAAGCGAUGGCUAAAGCAGGAGAUCUGCACUUGCCGGGCCGGGGAUUCAUGUAUCGACUGAAAAUCGAUCGUGGCAUGUUCAACCUGCCCAGUAGAAUUUCUCAUCACCACUACGAUGCCAACAUGCAGCAGAUCAUUAAUGCCAUCGACCACUUAAGUGGUCAUACGCACUGGCGAGAUCAGUCUGUGUUUAAUAUCGGUGGCCAGGGACGCGGCGUGGGUGUAGACGUUCUGCGAACAGAAACCACACAGGCAAAAGAGCAGGUUUGCCUGUCUGCCUGGGCCAAACGAGAACAAUGCUCAAUGGUCAUGGAUAUGCUUUUAGAUGCUGGCGCGCCAGGACUGAAUAUUGCUUACGCACGUUUUAACGCCGCUGGUGCAGAUGCCUAUCUGGCCGGCGCGCGUAUCAACGAGGAAUAUGGCAUGUUGCAAUGUGUCACUGGCGCCAAUGUGGCGCGUGAAAUUUGCAACCUGGUUGAACGCGACGCCGAACAACGCGGUUUAAAAGACAUGUGUAUCACACUGCGCGAAGUGCCCAGGAUAGCGACCUACAUACCCGGCCGCAAAGACUUCCGUGAACCCGCAAACAUUGCCCUGGCGUCCUAG